CUCAUUUCACUUUUCCAAAAUGGGUCUCUUCCCAACCCAAACCAUUUAAAUGCUAAAAAAACUCUGUAUUAUUUCACUUCCCCAUUUCACGUAAGUCCUUCCCAAUCCCCAUUCUCAACUUCUUCUCUCUGUCUCAUCACUACUCAUAUCUCUAUAUGUAUAGAUUCUUCCAGUUGUGUCUUGGAAACUGGGUUUGCUUCAUUUGGAGGAAAAAAAGGGCAUAUCUUUAUGAUGGUGGAGCAACUCACCUCAUAUGUAGAAUGCAUGGGACAUCAUGCCUCAAAAGAUCAGGCGACCAUAUAAACAUGGAUCUCCAUGAGGAAAGAUCAAGAUUUGGCUCGUUAGGUAGCACGAGUUUGAGGAAUUUGUCAUCUUCAUCUUCAGCAUUUUUUUCAGCAAAUCAGUCGCCUUUCUUCUCUCCAAGAUCGCCAACGUGUCAAAUAACGACACGUUCCAACAUUCCAUUCUGUAAUUCCAAAACAGGUGUUGAUUUCCCAAGUUCCAUUUCAAGAAUUCCCGACUCAGAAUGCCUAUCAAAUAUCAGAUUUCCAUCGUCAGAAGUUUCGCCUAUCCCCGUAGCAUCUACUUCAAGCGAUUCUCAGAAGUUCAAACAUGUUUCUUCCUCAACUGGCAUUUCUAACAACACCCUUUCUUAUUAUGGUAUAGGCUAUGGCAAUGAUUAUUUCAGGCACAAAGAAAAGCCAAAAAAGCUUGGGAGAUCAGCCCAUGUUACCUCGUACCCUCCGGCUUCAACUUCACUUUCCUCUAUCAAACUAAGGUGCUGUGAUGUGUACAUAGGUUUUCAUGGUCGCAAACCUUUAUUACUGAGAUUUACUAAUUGGCUUCGUGCUGAGUUGGAAGUUCAGGGGAUCAGUUGUUUUGUAGCAGAUAGAUCUUGCUGUCGAAAUGCUCGGAAACAUGGAAUUGUUGAGAGGGCAAUGGAUGCAUGUUCUUUCGGAGUUGUAAUCUUAACCCAUAAAUCUUUUAGGAAUCCAUUUACCAUCGAGGAGCUAUUAUUCUUCUCGGGCAAGAAAAUUUUGGUUCCUGUAUACUUGGAUUUGGGUCCAGAUGAUUGCCUUGUGAGGGAUAUAGUUGAGAAAAGGGGAGAGAUGUGGGAAAAGUAUGGGGGUCAACUAUGGCUUCUAUAUGGAGGAUUGGAGAAGGAUUGGAAACAUGCUGUUAGUGCUCUCUCUCGCGUGGAUGAGUGGAAACUGGAGGCUCAUGAUGGUAAUUGGCGAGAUUGCAUACUCCGGUCUGUUACCCUUUUGGCAUUGAGGUUGGGUAGGAGAAGUGUGGUGGAUAGAUUGACCAAAUGGAAGGAAAAGGUAGAGAAAGAGGAAUUCCCUUUCCCUCGAAAUGAGAAUUUCAUUGGUAGGAAGAAGGAACUCUCUGAACUGGAGUUUAUGCUUUUUGGUGAUGAUAGUGGAGAUUUUAAAACAGAUUAUUUCGAACUCAGACCCAGAAAUAGGCGAAAGAAUGUGACGAUUGGUUGGGGUAAGAGCAGUUCGGUUGAGGAGAAACGAAGAGAACGACAAAUGGAGAGCGGUGGUAGAAGGAAGGGUAAAGAACCAGUUGUGUGGAAGGAGUCUGAAAAGGAGAUAGAGAUGCAAAGAACUGAAUUUCUUCAUACACAACAAGAAUUACCAAAUAUGAAGAGUGGUGGAAGGCAAGGAAGGAGGAGAAGAAGAUCAAUCAAAAUUGUGUAUGGAAAAGGGAUUGCUUGUGUGUCGGGACACUCUGGAAUUGGCAAGACAGAGUUGCUUCUUGAGUUUGCAUACAGAUUCCACCAGAGGUAUAAGAUGGUUUUAUGGGUCGGAGGGGAAAGCAGAUAUAUCUGGCAGAAUUAUUUGAACCUGUGGCCAUUCCUAGAGGUUGAUGUUGGGGUAGAGAACGGUUUGGAGAAAAGCAGGAUCAAGAGUUUUGAAGAACAGGAAGAGUCAGCCGUAGCCAGAGUCCGAAAGGAGUUUAUGCGAAACAUUCCGUUUUUGGUGGUGAUUGAUAACUUAGAAAGUGAAAAGAACUGGUGGGACCACAAACUUGUAAUGGAUCUUCUUCCCCGUUUUGGUGGAGAAACCCACAUUCUAAUAUCCACACGCCUUCCUCGUGUAAUGAAUUUGGAGCCUUUAAAACUUUCUUACCUAUCGGGGGUUGAGGCAAUGUCUCUAAUGCAAGGAAGUGUCAGGGAUUAUCCAGUUGCAGAGGUUGAUGCUCUCCGGGUUAUUGAGGAGAAACUUGGAAGACUAACCUUGGGCAUUGCCAUUGUAGGUGCAAUUCUUUCUGAGCUUCCCAUAAAUCCAAGUAGACUAUUGGAUACCAUUAAUCGAAUGCCUUUAAGGGACUUAGCUGGGAGCGAUAGGGAAACUCAUUCAAUGAGGAGAAAUAACUUCCUUUUGAAACUCUUUGAGGUUUGUUUCUCAAUAUUUGAUCAUGCGGAUGGGCCAAGGAGUUUAGCAACUCGAAUGGUGCAAGCAAGUGGUUGGUUUGCACCAGCAGCGAUUCCGAUUUCUCUAUUAGCUCUGGCUGCUCACAAGAUACCCGAGAAACACAACCAUACUCAGUUAUGGAAAAAGUUUUUUCGUUCCUUAACUUGUGGGUUUUCAUCAGCAUACAUCAGGAAAUCCGAAGCAGAAGCUUCUUCAAUUUUGUUAAGAUUCAAUAUUGCGAGAAGUUGUACAAAGGAAGGGCAUAUCCAGAUCAAUGAAUUCAUCAAGCUUUACGUGCGAAAGAGAGGAGUCACCGGAGCUGCACAAGCAAUGGUACAAGCUGUGAUUAGCCGCGGAUCUAUUGCCCAUCACUCGGAACAUAUAUGGGCAGCAUGUUUUUUGCUGUUUGGAUUCAGUAAUGAUCCUAUAAUUGUUGAGUUAAAGGUGUCGGAAUUGUUAGUUCUUGUAAAAGAAGUGGUUUUACCGCUCGCUAUCAGGACUUUCAUUACAUUCUCACGGUGCAGCGCCGCACUAGAACUCCUUCGCCUAUGUACAAAUGCAUUGGAGGCCGCAGAUCAAGCAUUUGUCAUCCCAGUUGAGAAGUGGUUGGAUAAAUCGCUUUGUUGGAAACCGAUCCAAACAAAUGCCCAGUUGAAUCCUUGCCUUUGGCAAGAGCUAGCACUGUCAAGAGCAACUGUGCUUGAAACCAGAUCAAAGCUAAUGCUGAGAGGGGGACAGUUUGACAUAGCGGAUGAUCUAGUUAGGAAGGCGAUUUUCGUAAGAACUUCAAUCUGCGGAGAGGAUCAUCCAGAUACUGUAGCUGCUCGGGAAACUCUGAGCAAGCUCACAAGGCUUCUUGCCAAUGUUCAAGUUCAUACUUCACCAUAGAUUAUAAAAUUUGUUUUUAGUGGUGGAAUUUUACAUUAGAAUUGUACAAAUGUUCAGAAUAAGAACUGAUUUUAAAAAGCUACAGAAAUUUUUUCCAUACCAUUUUUAAUAUAAAUGAGAUUAUGAGCUUCCAUUUCCAAAUUCUUUAUGUUUGCUAUUCUAAUCUGAAUCACAUUGUUGACUGGCCUUGUCUUAUUUACU